AUGAGCAUCUGGUUGCCCCUUCCAGGCAAUCAGCAAGUAUUCAUCGAUCUGUUUUUGCACCAGGACGCGUUUUGCGCCAGGUAUAACACCAUUCGUCGCAUUCGAGUAUACAUAGUCAGUUCACUGUGCGCUAUGGCACCCUUCCAUCUGCUCCGUCUCCCUUCUGUAGCUCUCGAUGAGGUUCUCAAGACGAUGUGUCUUCUGGAGUUAAUCCAGCUUGCAAGUGUCUCCAAAAAGAUCCAGCGCUUCAUCAAAAUCACGUUAUCCACGGUGCCUAUCGACAUGGUUGUAGCAAUGCGUCAGGGAAAUAUCAUACUCACUCUUAACGCCGGCGCCACUGCCCAGCCGUUAGAAUUCGCCAUAGACUGUGAAACCAGUUUUGGCGAACUUCGAGAUCUUCAAAUUGAUGGUAUUAGAAUGCAAGUGAGAGUGGACACAGACGCGUCUAAUAUCACAAAUUACAUGAUCCACGCUGCCACACUACAGCGCUUGCUUAACCACUUUGGCAAAAUGUUCAAGGAUUUGACAGUUUCGGUGUGUGAUCGAGAUAAUGAUAGAGACAAAUGGCAUUACUUGACAAAGUUUUUCGAGAAGUAUAAGCCUAAAAUUGAUGAUAUGAGCCUAUACGAUAACGGGGCCAAAACCGAGCUCACCAUCUACAAACAGUUCCUUGCAGCAUCCAAAACAGCGAGAAAGAUCUUUAUUGAGGCAAAGUCUGAGCCAGCAUUUCUGUAUGAUCCUGAUGAAAAACUUCUUGUAACUAAUCAUGUCAAUGUCAAUAUCACACCCGCAACCUGGGUGACCACAGAGAACAUCAAGAUUUUCGGCAACUGCUGUAGUUUGAUCUUAUACGAGACACAAUUUAACAGUGAAGAUCUCAAUAUGAUCCUCAAGGAUUGGAUGGAAGCGCCGGCGUCUCCCCUGGUAGUUUUAAGCCUCGAAGCAGCUGAAUCAAUCGACGAGGACUUGGUUUUCAAGGAUCUACCAGUUAGAGCAAUUGAGGAUGAAGUGGUUAAGGGUUUUAUGCCGAGAGAACCUACAGAGACGCGAUACAGACUUGGCGAACAUGCAGCUAUAUUUAUAGAUGACAAGUUUCUCAAGUUUCAUAAUCUGAGCAAGAUGACUAACUAUAAUUGAUGAAACAUUUUUGUAAUAAAAAUUGUU